GGUGUGGAUCUUCUCUCCAUUUGGUUCCAUAAUUUUUUUCCUGGCCCUCCCCUUGGGUCUCGUACCGAGACAUGGGUGUAUGGCUAUGGCGUGCCACAGGGGAUUAGUUGUUUCCAGAUAAAUGUCGGAUCAGUGUGGCCUGGUCCUCAGGGUAUAUAAGUAGUAAUUCUCAUCUCCUCUCUUUCUCUCAUCAGUAUCAUUUUGUGAUAUACCUUAUCCACAUAUCUUAAUACCCCUCCUUAUAUAGACCAGUUGUCCAUAUAGACCGCCACCAUCAUGUCCAAAUUGUUCACCCCCAUCCAGGUCGGCCGUAUGCCCCUGGCCCACCGUCUCGCCAUGGCUCCCAUGACUCGAUUUCGUGUCGACGACAACCACGUCCCCCUUGACCUUGUGACGCAGCACUACGAGCAGCGUGCUGCCGUUCCCGGAACCCUUUUGAUCACGGAAGCCACCAUCAUUGCGCCCCCUGCUGGCGGAUUCCCCAAUGUUCCCGGCAUCUGGAACGACGCGCAAAUUGCGCAGUGGCGCAAGGUGACCGACGCUGUCCACAAGAAGGGCUCAUACAUCUACAUGCAGCUCUGGGCCCUGGGUCGCGUCGCCAGUCCGGAAUUCCUGAAGGCCAACGGCAACUAUGAUGUCGUGUCUAGUAGCGCUGUUGCUUUUGACAAUGGCCCUGUUCCUCGCGAGUUGACUGAAGCGGAGAUCCACGAAUACAUAGCCAACUAUGUGCAGGCAGCGAAGAAUGCCAUUGCGGCUGGAUUUGACGGUGUCGAGAUUCACGGUGCCAAUGGGUACUUGAUUGAUCAAUUCAUUCAGGACACCGUUAACAAGCGUACGGAUGCCUGGGGUGGAAGCGUGGAGAAACGUUCCAGAUUCGCUCUCGAGAUUAUCCGUGCUGUAUCCGAUGCUAUUGGCGCGGACCGCACCGGUGUCCGCUACAGCCCUUUCAGUACUUUCCAGGGUAUGCGCAUGGAUGAUCGCAUUGCUCAGUUCACUCACCUUGCUGAGAAGACGGCCGAGUUCAAGCUGGCUUAUGUGCACCUUGUCGAGCCACGCAUCGCCGGAAAUGCUGAGGGGCUGGUUUCGGACCAAGAUUCCCUGGACUUCUUCGUCAAGGCGUAUGGCGACGCCAGCCCUCUCAUCGUUGCCGGUGGCUACAAGGCUGACUCGGCCAAGGAGGCGGCUGAUGUGCAGUACAAGGGACACGAGAUUCUUGUUGGAAUUGGCCGUCCCUGGACAGCGAACCCUGACCUUCCGUUCAAGAUUCAGAACAACGUUCCUCUCCGCCCGUACGAGAGAGAGGUCUUCUACUUGCCCAAGGACCCCAAGGGUUACAUUGAUUAUGACUUCAGUGAAGAGUUCAAGACCGUCCAGGUUGCUGCUUGAUCCAGGGUCUGAGACCGUGUUUCAAACUUCCGUGGCAUAAUUGUUGAGCGCUUGCAUAGUGUAUAUAGAUUCUCUUUGUAUAUAAUUUAACAGACAUGGCAUUAAUAUUCUCA